CUCCGCCAGACCGCCAUGGACUCGCAGCCACACGAUCCCUCCCCUUUCCUCCCCCCUCUCCCUGUCGGCCUGGGGUGGGGGCUCGGCUGGCUCACGCGCAGCUCGCCCGGCCGACCUCGUGGGGCCCGCGUCGGUCGAUGCCAUGUGGGGCCGCGGCGCUCCCCGGGCCCACACGCCCGCCGUGGGGUAGAGUGGCUUAAGUACUCCGGGGAGCAGAGAGAACAGCCAGGUUCUCGGUUCUCCUCCUCCGUCUUCUGGCAUAGCUUCUUGAGUUCUUCCCUCUGCAGCCACAACAAUUUACAAGUAGCGGCGGGGGCGGCGGCGGCGGCGGCUGUUCUGCACGCUUCCGGGGGUCUCGAAGCCGAGGACGGCGUGACGGAGGCGACGAGGAUUCAGCUGCCGCGUGCGAGUUGCUGCAUGAGCACCAUGGCGUGGUAUCCGUUGCCACAGAGUGGAAGCGCGUUGUUGGCCGGGGACGAGUUCUUCGAGAACCAGAGCGCCGGCUGGUCGCUGUGGAGCUUCAGCUCCUCCGACGAUCAGAACACAGCCGCCACCGCGUGUUCAGAGGAGCAAUCUGUCCCGGCGCCACUGGAGCCGCAUCAGUGCACGCACCCAACCGACGACAUCUUCCUGAGCCAGUUCUCGGAUGAGGAGAUGCGGCGGAUGGAUACCCCGUUCGAGGCGCUGGACAUGUUCCCAGACUCCAUGCACCGGCUCCUCUCCUACGAGGACAUGCUCAGCGGCGUGCUCACUGGGAAUUCGUCGGAGGAUCAGGACGCGAAGCUGGACCGGAACGGGGUGGACACCAUGGACACCUGCGGCUUCCCUCUGUUCAGCCACGACCUGCAGGACGCGGAGCCGAACAACAGCGAGGAGGUGCUAGCGGAUACCCCGUCCAUGGAUAAGGAUGGGAUGGGCACGACGAAGAGGAGCAGGUCGUUUGCUCAUGACGAGAGCCCGAGGGGCUUCGAGGCGCUGGUGCUCGAGGAACUCGAGGACGUGGUGUUCCAGCUGACCAAGAAGACGCGGAUCUGCUUCAGGGACGCCUUCUUCAGGCUGGCUGAAUGCUCAUCGAAAGCCCCCCGGUGCAGCGGCCCCAGCAGGCAGAGCGUUCAGCGAGCAGCUGAGGGCACUGCGUCCAGUGCCCCAGCAGCAGCAGGUUGCCCCCCGGAGCGCGGGACGAACGCGAUCGACAGGACGGUGGCGGACCUGACGAUGAGGCCGCCGUGCUCCCCUCCUCUUCAGGUCCACGGUAGCUGCUUCGCCGGCGGCUCGGGGGCAGCGGCGCAGUCCGCGACCGGCUGGACGGCGAGGGCGUAGGAGGAGACUGGAAGACUGAUCGAUGUUUUUUCCCCGCUACGACGACGAUGGCCAUGUGUUUGCGAAGAUGCAGUAGAAGCAGAGAUUCGUACAUACCGCUGUGACAUCUCUCCUUUUUUUUCCCUUAUUUAUAUCAGAGACUACGAGCAGAGGAACAUCAUACAUGACUAGCCUCCGUUUUGUACGUUUGUGCGUGUUGGAGCACUUUGCCUGGUUCUGGCAGUAAAACAUUUGCGAAGUUUAUCUGCAACGCAGUGUAA